AUGGAGGAAAAAAAGGAAACCCAGCUAAGCGAACACAUGGGCUAUCAAAAUAUCCUCUGCCCAAAGUCCUUUGCCAAUCCAAUUGAAUUAAGUUGCCAAGUAUUGCGAGCCGGUCCGAAGGCUGUCAGCCAAUUGAGCCAGGGCGAGAUACCAAAGACCAAAGAACCUUUAGUACAUUGUGAGGAGUUGUUUAGAAAAGGCAAUUCAAAUCUUGAUGUAACUUUCCAGUGCCUUAUGGUACACUACAAUUUAUAUGCAACCCUUGAGAAUGUCAUAAACAAAAUAAAUCAAGUUCAGCAGAAGAUGGAUAAAACUAUCUCGGAUGACCAGAAAUAUAAGCCAUCGCCUUUUAAAAACAUAGAUGAUAUUUUGAAUCUGUGCAGUGAUAUUUCAAAUAAGGACUGCCAAGCGAAACGACAAAUUAUCCAAGCCAUCCGACGAAAACUUGAAUGGCAUAAUGUAUUUAACGAUCGGGAUACUACUCUCUUUGCUUGGCCCUGGAAGUCGGAACCUAUUAAGCCUAGAAUUGACGAUUAUAUCGAGGCUGACGCCAUUUCAGAAAUUCAACUGGGAACCGAUCCCUCGCCGAUUUUGGAUGAGAUCCGCUGUCUGCUGGGAAAAGCUAUUCGAAACACAGAAUGGUUGACGAAUCUUAAUGAAACAAACUGACUAUGGACGUUUAAAAUGCUUUUAGACAAUUAAAUGUCUUCAAAAUUCAUAUAUUUUUGA